AACAUGUAUGUACACAAUAAGACACAAUUUGUCCAUGCUUAGCAUGCGAAUCCAACUCUUUAACAGUGUAAACAACUCUGAAUGCAUGAAACAGCAUUGUACCCCCCCUUUAACGUUAUUUUUAUGAGUAAAGCGCAUCCACACGAGUAACAGAAAAGGUGUGUCUCAUUUUGCUCCCUGUAUAUCAUGAAUCAGCACAUCGUUCAAAUACUGGAAAGAAGUGAUGAGAGAGAAACAGAGUAAAAAAAAAAGAAAAAGAAAUGCUGAAUCAACUGAAUCAAAUCAUUCGUAAAAUGAUUCAGUGAUUCGAAGCGCUCGAAUCAGCUCAUGCUGACGACAAACGAGAACAAACACAAUUGUGUGUAAUUACAACUUACAAACCAACUGCAAAUGGUUUCAUGAAAGUGGAAUCUAUUAGAUAUUAUGUACAAAUAAUUGAAUACCAAAUAUAAAUAAUAAACACAUAAAUAUGAACUUUCUGUAUAAUAUAUUUUAAUGGGGUGAUUUAAGGCCAUUAACUAUCACUCUGAAUCAAUUACCAGUAGGGUUGCCAACUUCUAAAAAGGCAAAUAAGGGAUGCUUAAAAUAUUUGUUCUGUACCACAUAUCGUUUUUGUGUUUUAGUUAGUUAUAUAAAAGGUGUACAAACUGCGUUCCGGAUAGCUUUCAUACGGAAUGCUUCUCUGAAUGCAAGACGCUGACUACUGAACUAGGGAGUUUGAGACACACCCAGAGAUUUAGUUUGCAUUCAUUUUUCUUUAUUAACUAUUCUCAUCUUAAAUGCACAGGAAAAACUCCUGCUGAAGCAGCUGAGAUCCACGUGACACACUAUUAUAAAGAUGGCGUUUAUUAAAGAGGAGAGUGAAGACAUGAGGAUUGAAGAAGUAUUCAGAAUCAAGCAGGAAGAUACUGAGGAACUAACAAAGAUGGCAUUUAUUAAAGAGAGUGAAGACGUGAAGAUUGAAGAAACAUUCAGAGUCAAACAUAAAGAUACUGAGGAACAAACAGACCUGAUGUUGCUGAAAGAGGAAAAUGCAGAACUGAAUGAAAUGGAGGAGAAAGCUCAAUAUAAGAAUCAACACGAUUUUAUAACUGGAGAAAAAUCUUUUACUUGCUCACAGACUGAAAAGACUUCCUCGAGUAGAAAGGCUCAAAAGACAGGAAGUAAUAAUUUCACCUGCCAACAGUGUGGAAAAUGUUUUAGUCAAAAACAAGGCAUUAAAAGACACAUGAGAAUUCACACAGGAGAGAAACCUUAUGCCUGCCAACAGUGUGAAAAGCUUUUUAGUCGAGAAAUAACUCUUAAAAGACAUGUUAGAAUUCAUAAUGGAGAGAAGCCAUACACAUGCCAACAGUGUGGAAGGAGUUUCACUCAACUUGGAAACCUUGGAGUCCACAUGAGUGUUCACACUGGAGAUAAGCCUUACAAAUGCCAACAGUGUGGUAGAAGUUUUAACAGGAAAGGAAACCUUAAUUCCCACAUGACAGUUCACACUGGAGAGAGCCUUUUCACCUGCAAACAAUGUGGAAUAAGUUUCACUCAAAAAGGAAGCUUAAACAGACACAUGAGAAUUCACACUAGAGAGAAGCAUUUUACCUGCCAACAGUGUGGAAAGGCUUUUGAUCAACGUGAAAACCUUAAAGUCCAUAUGAAAAUUCAUGGAGAGAAACCCUACACAUGCCCUCAGUGUGGAAAGAGUUUCCAUCAAAAACGGCACUUUGAAGGACACAUGAGAAUUCAUACUGGAGAGCAACCCUACACAUGCCCUCAGUGCGGAAAGAGUUUCAGUUAUAAACAACACUUUGAAGACCACAUAAGGAUUCACACAGGAGAGAAACCUUUCACAUGCCAACAAUGUGGAAAAUGUUUCAACCGAAAAGGAACUCUUAGCAGGCACAUGAGAGUUCACACUGGAGAGAAGCCAUUUAUAUGCGGUCACUGUGGAAAGAGUUUCAGAUAUAAAGCAGCUCUUAAGUAUCACAUGAGUUUUCAUAUAUGAGAGAACUGUUUUUACACGAAUUAUGGAAAGUUUCCUCGACAGGAAACAUUUUAGGAAUCAUGUAAUAAGACUUGCAGAAACAAGGCAAUCUUGAAGUUCACAGAAACACCCCCAAAUAGUUCAAAAUAGCCGAGCAGCGGAUUUGGGCCUUCUUUACACCUGGGUUUAAAAUGUGUUUUUUCAAGGGUGGGGGUCAAUGGGUGGCUAAAUACAUGGGUUUUUUCAGGUCUUUUGAUCAGAUGGAUAAAAGACAUUCAUACAAUUUACAUAUAAACAUGAUAUGAGGCAAUGGAAAAAAAUAAGGAGAGCAGAAGCUUUCAUUUGUGCUCUGAUAGCUGCAAAACCACACCGAAUGCUGUGGAUGCAUGUUCAAACCAAACUUAAAACUUCAGCUGACAAAGUUUAUAUCCUUAAAAGAAAACUUUAGAAUGACCAUGGCACUCUUGUAGAUUAAAAAGUCUUUAUUAUCAGAUGUUCUUUAUUAACAUUUUAAGCUGUCUGCUGAUCCAUUUCCAAUUCAGUUCAGAGUGAUAGUUUAUUUAAAUUAUUACAUUUAAUUAAAUCAAAUAUUCAAGAUUAUCAUCAUUGUCAAGUCAAGUCAAAGUUUAUUUAUAAAGCAGUUUUUCAAAAACAGCAAGUGGUAAUCAAAGUGCUGUACACGCAUAAAAGGAUAGAAAAAAUAUCAAAGAUACAACCGAUAACAACUCAAGAGAAGACAAUAAGAGACGAUAAAACAAUAAAAGAAAGCAGCUCUCACAUAGCGUCAAAUGCCAGACUAUAAAAAUAUGUUUUUAGGCUGGAUUUAAAAACAGCAAGUGUUUGAGCCUGUCUAAUGUAAAGGGGCAAACUAUUCCAAAGCUUCGGGGCUGCCACUGCAAAUGCCCAGUCACCCCUGCUCUUCAACUUUACCUGAGGGACAACUAAAAGCAAAUGGUCAGCAGAAAGAUAUUUAGGUGCUAAACCAUUGAGGGAUUUAAAUACAAAAACCAAAAUCUUAAAAUGAAUCCUAAAAUGGACAGGUAACCAGUGAAGAGAGGCAAGAACAGGGGUGAUGUGUUCCCGCUUUCGUGUACCAGAUUAUUAUUAAUUAAUAAUCCAAAUAUCUCCUUACUAUUUCCCCCAGACACAUUCAUUUUAACUUUUGCUGGGGCUUUAGCCUAUUUAAUGUAUAUUUAUUCUCUGAACAUGACCUGCUCCAGAGUAGGUUAUGUUUCAGGGUUUGUUUACUUCAGUAACCUACUGAAAAGACUCCAGUGGGCGUGACAGAUUGCGCACAAUAUUAUAUAUUAUUACAAUAUAGUAAUGUAACAUACUAUAUAGAGAGACAGAGAGAGUUGUACGAUAUGUUAAUUAUAAAACACUAAUAUAAGUAAUAUAUAAGGUAAUAUAUUAUUCUAAUAUGGUUACUAUAUUUAUUUUAUUGGCAUAUAAAAUAGUUAUCUGUAUAAAUUAUAACACUCUAUUAUAACAAGGUAAUGUUUAUUCGUUAUAUUAUAUACAGUAUAUUUAUUUAAUUUUAUAUUAUCAUCUCACACAUCAUGGAUCGCAUUGUAACGUGGGGUUUUGGGUUUUGUUUCAUGUUCUUGUUUUCAUGUCUUUUUAUUUUGGAGUUUAUUCAUGUUAUUCCCUUGUCUGUGUGUUAUGUUAAUUCCCUAACCUGUGUGUUAUGCUGCCUUCACGUGCUAUCGGAAAUUUCCUAUUUCCCACUUAUGAAAUCGUGAUUACGAGCUUGUCGUAUUCAAGAGCUUUAAUGUCGGAAAGAAUAAAAUGUAGCAUCCCAUUGGUUGACAAUCAUAUAAACAUUCAACGCGCUAUACAUGCAGUUCGCUGACAAUUGACCAUAUGCACGAUUACUUCCUGGAUUUAGAUAAGCCAGCUCAGUCAUUUCCGGUCAACUGUACUGUGCCGAAAGGGGAACGUCCUUUGCUCGGUUUCUCUACAUAAUCCAUUAACAAUUUGGAGAACAUUUUUAUUUGUCUAAGAGGACCAAAUAUCCACGUAUACUGUUUCAGGAAUGACAAAAGCGAAUGUUAAAUUUACGCGAGUGAAUCCGUUAAAUCAUGCGGCGAGUCAUUGCUAUGAUUGACAGCGGCAACGGAAUGAAUCAUCUGACGAGCCGAUGUCAAAAUAGAGCUGUGCAUUAAGUGAUUCAGACUAAAUUCAGACUAACAAAACUACAGCAGCAAGUCUGUGUUGGAUAAAACUUUAAAAAUGUAGUUAUUAAAUUAAAUCUAAUCAUUUCAAAAUAUUGAAUGCAUUAUUGAACAUUAUACCAACUUAUUUUGUAUUUACGUAUUUAAAUAAUUCGGCAUGAUAGGCUGUCCUCUGGCCUUAUUUAUUUCUUUCUUUAAAUGACAAGUGACUUCCUGCACUUGCUAUACUUUAUACUUCAGUGCGAUAAAGUACUACAUUGUUGUAAUAUUUAUUUUAUAAUAAAUCAGAAGACGUGAAAAAACUAGGCAGGCAGCUGCAGCCAAUGAGUGAUCUUAUACUGCCAUCUCCUGGUUAUAACGGUAAUUUCAUUUUCUUCUUAAAAAGUCUUUAUUUUUCGCCAAGACACGUUAUUGGCACAUUUCUUCAUGUCGUCUUCAUGAAUGAAAAGUGAACCUUUAAUAAUGGGAAUUUUACCACACAGAGUUGAGAAAUAAUUAAAAUUUUAUAAGAUUUUAAAAAUGUGUUCAUGGCUAUGAAGGUAAGAUAUUGAUUAUCAAGAAUACCAUUAAGACGUUGUUGAAGAGAUUAGCCUAACUGCCUAAACAGUUACGAUAGUGUUUAUUUGUCAGCAUUUAAAUGUACAGUUACACAUCUGGGUACUUUCCUGGGAUUACAAGACUCUGCAUAUAAAAUUAUAUGUUCUUUAAUAACAUGAAACUGUAUGUUAAUGCCGCUGUCAUUAUUUACGGUGUUGCAAUUAUUUUUUUCUCAGAUUCUGAUAAGAAUGAGGCACGAGAGGUUUCUGUGAGAGUCUCUACCUAUAUAUAGCACAUAUAAAAUGAGCUUCACCGGAAGAUUAGGAGCUGGCUUAUCUUUAUCCGGAAGUUCUAAAAAGCGCUCCGUGCAUAUGGUCAAUUCUGGAAUUUCAGUCAAAUGCAUGCUUAUUUCACUGCUUAUAAAACAUACAAUAUGCUUCGCAUGAUCGUUCAUAUCUAGCCUAUAAAUACACUACUUUAGCGACAAGACAAAGGGAUGUAGUUGUUGUGAGAACAGCACUGACAGCAGCAAUGAUUGUCACCUCCACCAUGUUUAACAUUCUGGUACAACCGCUACAUACUUCGGACCAUUUCUUCAUUACAUUUACAUUACACUUUGCUUCUCCUGUGCCACCAACCCCCCUACCAGUUACUUUUAGACGAAACCUGCGCUCCCUUUCUCCUUCCCAUCUUUCCUCUGUGGUAUCCUCCUCUCUUCCUUCACCCACCCAUUUCUCAUCUCUGGAUGUAAACGCAGCUACUGAGACUUUAUGCUCUACCUUAACCUCUUGUCUAGACGACAUUUGUCCUCUCUCCUCUAGGCCCGCACGGGCUGCUCCUUCCAACCCCUGGUUAUCCGAGGUUCUUCGUGAACAUCGGACUACACUCAGAGCGGCAGAGAGAAAAUGGCGCAAAUCAAACGAUCUGUCGGACCUCAGUAGGUACCAGUCUAUGCUCACAUCCUUCUCUGCUAAAGUCCACACUGCCAAAUCCUCACAUUUCCGCAACAAGAUCGACAGCGCUCCAGACAUGCGUAAUCUCUUCAGAACAUUUAAUUCCUCCUCU